AUGCCGUCGCCUGUUCGUGCCAGCACCUCCAUCCGUCGACUUUCGCAGACCGCUCGCCAGCUGUCCAACAGUCUCCACACCAUGGCUUCCGCCCAGGACUACAAGACGCGCGCCGUGGGUUCGCCCAACACGCUCGACUACCGCGUCUUCCUCGAGAACGCCAAGACGGGCCUGCCCGCGUCGCCGUUCCACGAUGUGCCGCUGUUCGCCGACGAGAGCAAGACGGUGCUCAACAUGAUUGUCGAGAUCCCGCGCUGGACCAACGCCAAGGUGGAGAUCAGCAAGGAGGAGAACUUCAACGCCUUCAAGCAGGACACCAAGAAGGGCAAGCUGCGCUUUGUGCGCAACUGCUUCCCGCACAAGGGCUACAUCUGGAACUACGGCGCCUUCCCGCAGACGUGGGAGGACCCGCACCACACGCAUCCGGACACCAAGGCCAAGGGCGACAACGACCCGCUCGACGUGUGCGAGAUCGGCGAGCAGGUGGGCUACACCGGCCAGAUCAAGCAGGUCAAGGUGCUCGGCGUCAUGGCGCUCCUCGACGAGGGCGAGACCGACUGGAAGGUGAUUGUCAUCGACAUCAACGACCCGCUCGCCCCCAAGCUCAACGACAUUGAGGACGUCGAGCGCCACCUGCCCGGCCUCAUCCGCGCCACCAACGAGUGGUUCCGCAUCUACAAGAUCCCCGACGGCAAGCCCGAGAACCAGUUCGCCUUCUCUGGCGAGGCCAAGAACCGCAAGUACGCCACCGAGAUCGUGCACGAGUGCAACGAGGCCUGGAAGCGCCUCAUCUCGGGCCAGGCCGACGCUGGCGACAUCAGCCUCACCAACUCGUCCGUCCAGGGCUCCAAGGGUUUCGUGGGUGCCAACGACGCCGCCGUCACCUCGGUGCCCAAGGCCAACCCGCAGCCGCCCGCGCCCAUCGACGCCAGCAUCGACAAGUGGUUCUUCAUCUCGUCGUCGUCCAACUAG